GCUUGAAGCUCCGGAGAGAGAAUUAACUGGAAAUUGGCCAGAGUGGGCGCGGCGCCUGCGACCCGCCUCCCCGAGCGGUAAAAGUCACCGCAGUGCCCCCGCGAGCCACCGGCUGGGACAGCUUCGCUGCCGCUGCACUCUUACUGGGACUCACCGGGCUAAGCUCUGGCUUUUCAAUCCGUCGCCUCUGAAACGGAGUUGAGUCCCUGUACCCUGAUUCCAGACCAAAAUUGAAAAAAUGGUUGACCUCACUGAGCUAAUGGAAAAUGAAGUAUUCAUGGCCUAUGCUUCCUAUACAACGAUUAUUCUUUCAAAAAUGAUGUUUAUGAGUAUUGCAACUGCAUUCUAUAGAUUGACAAGAAAGGUUUUUGCCAACCCAGAAGACUGUCCUGGCUUUGGCAAAGGAGAAAAUGCCAAGAAGUAUCUUCGGACAGAUGACAGAGUGGAACGUGUACGGAGAGCUCACCUGAAUGACCUUGAAAAUAUUGUGCCAUUUCUUGGUAUUGGCCUUCUGUAUUCCUUGAGUGGUCCAGAUCUCUCUACGGCCAUCCUGCACUUCAGACUCUUUGUUGGAGCACGGAUCUACCACACGAUUGCGUAUUUGACACCCCUUCCCCAGCCAAAUCGGGCAUUGGCUUUCUUUGUUGGAUAUGGAGUUACUUUUUCAAUGGCUUACAGGUUGCUGAAAAGCCAAUUGUACUUGUAAAGAUAAUCAUACAACUCAUCCACUUAUUUUCUAAGAAUUCUGUACCUCCAAUUUAUAAUGAAUGCUUUUUUAGAUUCUAAGUGGGAGGGGAGCAGAGAAAUUAAGAUGGGGCAAACAGUCUGAAUGUUAACAUCACCAGUAUCAUUUAUUCUUGUUCUAUAUCUGUACUCGAAAUUUCACAUAAUUCUUAAAUCUUUUUAAUACUUCCUUAAGUGCCUUGUUGUAUAUUCUGAUUAUAAUUUGUAACAUUCAUUCAACAUUUAAUAUUUGAAAUCUACAAAAAAGGUGAAUGCAUGUGUGAUAAACCUAUAUUGCAAUAUGGCUGAAUCAGACAUAUGAAAUAAAGAAUUUAAAGAAUA